GUCGUCGGAAAGACGGCCCCCAUGUUACCGGGGGGUGGGAAAGUGGUAAUUCUGAGAUUACCAUGACCUACACGCUCACUCGUCACCUCUAGAAUCCGUCGCCCAUGUCAUCGCCAGGUAGUUAUCGAUAUGGAUGUGUACAACUCCACCAUGCUGUCGCGCUCCUGCCCGCACUUGGCACUCGCACUUGGCCCCUGCGCCAAAUUAUCGCAACACCGGCGUAACAAGACCGCGGUGCCUCCAUUGGCGUCUCUCUCCUCCAAUCUCGUCCCGUCCAUCUCAAUUAUCUCUCCUUUCACGCGUCUCUGUCUCUCGUUUAUUUCUCCUUCAUUUCCUACUCCAUUGAACCCCUGACAGGCGCCUACGUUUGACACGUGUAAAAGCACGCGACACCCAACGUAACGCGCCAACGUCAAUAAUGUUAAUGCUACGACACAUUGCGCGCUCACAUGCCGCCUUGACAAGACAGCCGCUCGCAUACCGGUCCCAGCAGGCUGGCCCGGUACUGCGAGGAACAAGGUUGUUCCAUCCAUCGUUGGCGCGCGCUUUGAGUGGCCAAUCCGGUCCUCCAACUCCUGGCAAUGACGCGCCAAACCCAAUUGACGAUGCCGUUGAGCAGGCCGAAGCAGAAGAAGAGGCUGAAGAGGAAAAGCGCGAGGCAAAAAAGGCAGCAUGGAAGAGCACGGCUUGGAAAAUGUUCGAGGCUGCUGCCACCACUGGAGCCAGUAUUUUCAUCCUAGGAUGUGUCGGCAUCGGCUAUACCAAGUACUACAAAUGGAAUGUUCUCGAAAAGAUGGAGAACGCUUUUCGGGAGGGGGAUCCUGUAUUAGAGCUUGCAGCAACUGGGAAAGAGAUGCCGAAAACGGGUGAACCUACACGACUACAAGUCACCAAAGACAUGGAUGGUGAUGACAAGGACUAUGAUCGCUGGAUCCCACGUGAUGAGCAAGAGAAGAUUGACAAAAUCGUCUGGGGUGAGACAAAAGGCCGCUAUCACCUGCUCCUAGGCGAAAAGGGCACAGGCAAGACAUCUAUGCUCAUCGACGCCAUGGAUAAGAUUAAUGGUGAAGGAUGUUCGAUGAUGGAAGCACAUGCAGAUUUGGAAGUCUUCCGUGUCCGACUUGGCCGAUGUCUCGAUUUUGAAUACCAUGAAGACAACAUCGGGUCGCUUUUCUCUAUCCGUGGACCUCGCGACGCUGGUGCUAUCCUGGAUAUUGAACGAGCAUUCAACAAAUUGGAGAAGGUGGCUUUGAGACGCCGUGCGACAGUCGGAAGACCGCUCAUCCUUAUCAUCAAUUCCGCACAUCUCAUCCGAGAUAAUGAAGAUGGUAGGGACCUUCUCGAGCUCAUUCAACAACGCGCGGAGCAAUGGGCAGCCGCCAACCUCGCAACUAUCAUCAUUAACUCAGACAAAUACUGGGUAUUUGAAAGACUCAAGCAGUAUGCAACACGCAUGGAAGUACACCAGAUCAAAGACUUGACCAAAGAUCGCGCCAUGCAAGCUCUAAAGAAUUACCGAAUGAAGUAUUAUGGCGAGAAAGUCCACGAGUCUAUUCUGGAAGAAGUAUACGACAAAGUCGGGGGCCGUCUGACCUUCCUAAACCGCGUAGCGAAGUCAGAAAACAUGAUCGAGAAAUGUGACACCAUCUGCGAAAUGGAGAAAAUCUGGUUCCUGAACAACUGCGCGAUUCUAGGCGAGGAGAUGGACGACGACGUCAUGGACCAGCAGAAGUAUGCGUCCACAGCAAUGGUUCUUGCCAACGCUCUUUACAAAAAGUUUAACGAAAUGGACGUAAACCAUGACCCAGCAGUUGGCCACAUCCUCCCUUCCAUCCCUCUCCACCGCGCCCGCUUCGUCAUGACACGCUCCGACUUUAUUCGUCAACACCAUGACCUAUCUAUCUUCUCCAUCGACUCACACGCUGUCGUUCGCGCAGACUCUGUGCCUAUGCAACGCGCCUUCAACGAAAUCUGCGCUGAACCCGGGUUUGAGGAUUUCUUGGAAGCGACGCUGGAGCGUAUUGGUGCUAUUGAGAGCUUGGGCAGGACCAAGGAGCUUACGUUCAAAGAUCUUUGGGAGGGGGGUAAGUACAGGAUUACUACAAGGGAUAGGAAGGGGAACGUGCAAGGAGAGGUUGAGAUGGAAACUGUAGCGGGGAAGACGGAUGAUGACGAUGACGAUGAUGGUGAUGAUAAGAAAGACGAAUGAGCGGUUAGGACUGCGUUUUGGACGUUGGUAUGAAUUGGCUGUUAUGGGUCUUGAUGUAGUAUAUGGUGCUGGAUGGGUGGCUGGCUUGGAUCUGCAUGGCGCUGGUGUCCUGUAGAAGGCCGCGAUACCCUUGAUAUUUGUUUCCUAUUCAUUUUCCUUGUCAGUAUCAUCUAUGUUCAUUGGCUUUGGAUUUAUACCUAGCUUGGACUGCCGUCAAAAUCCAUAAGUCACUUAUCACGAAACCUCUUGUUGCAAUGCUAUAAUGGUGGGUGGAAAGGCUAUGGUGUGAUAUGCAAUUGCU